GGGGCCGGAAGUGCCGCUCCCUGGCGGGGGCUGUUCAUGGCGGUUUCGGGGUCUCCAACAGCUUCUCAGGUUGAAGUCCAAAAGCCUCCCGAGGCGGGGUCUGCGGAGUUUGAGGUAAAGCUCCGGCCUGCCUGGCGUCGGACUUCUCAGCGUGUGAACGCCUGGCGGGGCGGGGAGACGCGGAGACUUGGCGAGCUGAAACAAAGGCUUGGGUGGGGGACUCUGGCUGGCUCUGGGGUGAUUUUCGGAGCCGGAAAGGGGAGUUUCGGGAAGUGGUUGUGCCAGGCGGACCCCAGAGCUUGGGUUUUUGCUGGUGUGAAAUGACUGAGUACAAACUGGUGGUGGUUGGAGCAGGUGGUGUUGGGAAAAGCGCCUUGACGAUCCAGCUAAUCCAGAACCACUUUGUGGAUGAAUAUGAUCCCACCAUAGAGGAUUCUUACCGAAAGCAAGUGGUGAUUGAUGGUGAGACCUGCCUGCUGGACAUACUGGACACAGCUGGACAAGAGGAGUACAGUGCCAUGAGAGACCAGUACAUGAGGACAGGCGAAGGGUUCCUCUGUGUAUUUGCCAUCAAUAAUAGCAAAUCAUUUGCAGAUAUUAACCUCUACAGGGAGCAAAUUAAGCGUGUGAAAGAUUCUGAUGAUGUCCCCAUGGUGCUGGUAGGCAACAAGUGUGACUUGCCAACAAGGACAGUUGACACAAAGCAAGCCCACGAACUGGCCAAGAGUUACGGAAUUCCAUUCAUUGAGACCUCAGCCAAGACCCGACAGGGUGUGGAGGAUGCCUUUUACACACUGGUAAGGGAGAUACGCCAGUACCGAAUGAAAAAGCUCAACAGCAGUGACGAUGGCACUCAAGGUUGUAUGGGGCUGCCCUGUGUGCUGAUGUAGUAAGACACUUUGAAAGUUCUGUCAUCAGAAAAGAGCCACUUUGAAGCUGCACUGAUGCCCUGGUUCUGACAUCCCUGGAGGAGACCUGUUCCUGCUGCUCUCUGCAUCUCAGAGAAGCUCCUGCUUCCUGCUUCCCCGACUCAGUUACUGAGCACAGCCAUCUAACCUGAGACCUCUUCAGAAUAACUACCUCCUCACUCGGCUGUCUGACCAGAGAAAUAGACCUGUCUCUCCCGGUCGUUCUCUGCCCUGGGUUCCCCUAGAAACAGACACAGCCUCCAGCUGGCUUUGUCCUCUGAAAAGCAGUUUACAUUGAUGCAGAGAACCAAACUAGACAUGCCAUUCUGUUGACAACAGUUUCUUAUACUCUAAGGUAACAACUGCUGGUGAUUUUCCCCUGCCCCCAACUGUUGAACUUGGCCUUGUUGGUUUGGGGGGAAAAUGUCAUAAAUUACUUUCUUCCCAAAAUAUAAUUAGUGUUGCUGAUUGAUUUGUAAUGUGAUCAGCUAUAUUCCAUAAACUGGCAUCUGCUCUGUAUUCAUAAAUGCAAACACGAAUACUCUCAACUGCAUGCAAUUAAAUCCAACAUUCACAACAAAGUGCCUUUUUCCUAAAAGUGCUCUGUAGGCUCCAUUACAGUUUGUAAUUGGAAUAGAUGUGUCAAGAACCAUUGUAUAGGAAAGUGACUCUGAGCCAUCUACCUUUGAGGGAAAGGUGUAUGUACCUGAUGGCAGAUGCUUUGUGUAUGCACAUGAAGAUAGUUUCCCUGUCUGGGAUUCUCCCAGGAGAAAGAUGGAACUGAAACAAUUACAAGUAAUUUCAUUUAAUUCUAGCUAAUCUUUUUUUUUUUUUUUUUUUUUUUUGGUAGACUAUCACCUAUAAAUAUUUGGAAUAUCUUCUAGCUUACUGAUAAUCUAAUAAUUAAUGAGCUUCCAUUAUAAUGAAUUGGUUCAUACCAGGAAGCCCUCCAUUUAUAGUAUAGAUACUGUAAAAAUUGGCAUGUUGUUACUUUAUAGCUGUGAUUAAUGAUUCCUCAGACCUUGCUGAGAUAUAGUUAUUAGCAGACAGGUUAUAUCUUUGCUGCAUAGUUUCUUCAUGGAAUAUAUAUCUAUCUGUAUGUGGAGAGAACGUGGCCCUCAGUUCCCUUCUCAGCAUCCCUCAUCUCUCAGCCUAGAGAAGUUCGAGCAUCCUAGAGGGGCUUGAACAGUUAUCUCGGUUAAACCAUGGUGCUAAUGGACCGGGUCAUGGUUUCAAAACUUGAACAAGCCAGUUAGCAUCACAGAGAAACAGUCCAUCCAUAUUUGCUCCCUGCCUAUUAUUCCUGCUUACAGACUUUUGCCUGAUGCCUGCUGUUAGUGCUACAAGGAUAAAGCUUGUGUGGUUCUCACCAGGACUGGAAGUACCUGGUGAGCUCUGGGGUAAGCCUAGAUAUCUUUACAUUUUCAGACCCUUAUUCUUAGCCACGUGGAAACUGAAGCCAGAGUCCAUACCUCCAUCUCCUUCCCCCCCCAAAAAAAUUAGAUUAAUGUUCUUUAUAUAGCUUUUUUAAAGUAUUUAAAACAUGUCUAUAAGUUAGGCUGCCAACUAACAAAAGCUGAUGUGUUUGUUCAAAUAAAGAGGUAUCCUUCGCUACUCGAGAGAAGAAUGUAAAAUGCCAUUGAUUGUUGUCACUUGGAGGCUUGAUGUUUGCCCUGAUAAUUCAUUAGUGGGUUUUGUUUGUCACAUGAUACCUAAGAUGUAACUCAGCUCAGUAAUUCUAAUGAAAACAUAAAUUGGAUACCUUAAUUGAAAAAAGCAAACCUAAUUCCAAAAUGGCCAUUUUCUCUUCUGAUCUUGUAAUACCUAAAAUUCUGAGGUCCUUGGGAUUCUUUUGUUUAUAACAGGAUCUUGCUGUGUAGUCCUAGCUGGCCUCAAACUCACAAUACUCUUCCUGGAUCAAUCUCCCAAGUGCUGGGAUUACAGGCACAUUCCACCACACACACCUGACUGAGCUCGUUCCUAAUGAGUUUUCAUUAAGCAAAUUCCCCAUCACCUUGAAACUAAUCAGAAGGGGGAAGAAACAUUUGCUAUGCUCCUGAGUGCUAACACUGGGAUCAUUCACAUGGGGUUUGCAUUCCUAGGCAAACUAAACUGCUGCCUUUUACAACAAGGCUCAGUCAUCUUCCUGAAGCUGCUGAGACCAGCACUUGGUCUUGUUUUGUUUUAAUAUGUCUAUAUGACUGGUGGUGGAUCCCUAAAUAGUUUAUUAAUUAAACUCCAGUUAAGGAGAAAGUUACUCACCUUGACCCGUUUGACCAUAUCCCGUGUGUGUGUGUGUGUGUGUGUGUGUGUGUGUGUGUGUGUGUGUGUGCACGCGUAUGUACGUACGUAUGUAUGUAGGUAUGUAGGUGGUUUCCAGUAUAAACACAGAAACAAAUGGAGCCAAUUCAGGUUUCAGAUGCCCUUACUAACAUAUAUUCCCACGGGGUGUGGGUUUUGGCACAACAGUGACAAACUUAAAAGCCAAGUAAGAGCCGGGCGUGGUGGCGCACGCCUUUAAUCCCAGCACUUGGGAGGCAGAGGCAGGCGGAUUUCUGAGUUCUAGGCCAUCCUGGUCUACAGUGAGUUCCAGGACAGCCAGUGCUACACAGAGAAACCCUGUCUCGAAAAGCCAAAAAAAAAAAAAAAAAAAAAAAAAAAAAGCCAAGUAGGUCCAGUUGGUAUAGUAUCAAAGUGUUUUUAGAGUAAUUAGUGAAGGUCUGCUUUACCUCAAAGUUGCAGAGCCUCUCUUCCUGAGUUUAAGUGCCUGGCCGGCAGUCACAAAUUAACAUGUUGCUGUAAGGCAGUUAGUUGAAGCUUUGUUCACACAUUGGAGAGUAUGAAAAUAAAGUGUUCUAAGAGCGCUGAUACUGGAUCUGUGUAAACCUGGUAAAUGCCGUUUGUCCAGGACUUAGCGUGUGUGAGUUGGUAGCUCAGUACGAGUUUACUAGUUCCGCAGUGUGUACAAUGGAGGCGGGUUUGUUUUAGCUGGCCACCUGUAGAAUCAGCCUUUAAACUGCUGUGAACUUUGUCAUGACUUGAAUAUGAAGAUAGACAAAAACUCUGUAAAGACAAAUGUUUGUUUUCCCCCUUACAGAACGUGUGAGCUUGGUUUUAUCUUCCUUUGUAUUUAGUCAUAACCUCUCAAGCUGGCAGCUCCGACCAAGGAUCAGAAGCUGUGUGCGUUCCACCUGGUGGAAUUAGCUCAGCUCUAUAUGAGAAGUGGAGUUAAUGGAAAACGUGUUGACUGGGUGGUUUCUAUUUAAAAGAGUGAUGAUAAUUCUUGAACAGUAGUUUUUAUUUUGCUAUUUCUUUAAGCUGACUGAUGUGCCACAAAAUUAUUUUAAGGUAUUUGUGUUUUAAGAGUGUUCUCAUGAGAUUAGUUGUAGAUAUUUUUUAAAAUACAACUGGUUUUUAAAAUCUGAGUAUUGCUCUAAGCAAGUGUUUAGACUCUUACGGGAAGGUGGGUGGAAGUUGUUUGGCUUCCGUAUUUCCAUGCGUGCCGUCAGACAUAGGUCAGAACGCCAACUGUGCAUCCUGCUGUUUAAAGACCUCUUGGCCUCUGUGACCCUCAUGAAGGGGCUGAUAUUUUAAGUUGACUGUUUGAUUGUAAAUUAAUCCUUUCUAAUUUUUAAAGACUUGCUUGACUGUUUUCCUUGUUAAAUAAUUUUAAAAAAAUAAAAAACUGGAAGUUCUUUGCUUAA